AAAUCAUUCUGCAUCCUGUUGGCCCUCUUGGCCGUCUGUUCGAUGGGACGCGCCGAUGUGUCGCACCUCUUUGGUGGUGGCAAUCAUCAUCAGCACCACGAAUCGCAUCAUGACUCGCAUCACAGCCACCACGAUUCGCAUCACGAUGCCCACCACCACGACUCGCACCACGAUUCGCACCACCACGACUCGCACCACGACUCGCACCACCACGACUCGCACCAUGACUCGCACCACCAGGACCCACAUGCCCACUCGCACUCGCAUGACGCCCAUCGCAAYAACCACGGCUUCCACAUCGAUCURCAUCUCGGUGCACUGCGUCAACAGCAGCCGAGUGGCUACAACUAYGCUGCACCAGCACCACCACCGCCACCACAGCCGAAGCCUGAGUACCUGCCACCAGCGAAGCCAAGCAACACGUAUCUGCCAGCUGCCAAGCCACAAAACAAGUACUUGCCACCCAAGGUGGCACCUACCUUGCCGCCACCACCMCCACCCCCACCAGUGAAGACGCCCAAGGCGGAGUACCUGCCACCACAGAAGCCACGCACCAAAUAUCUGCCCCCAGCUCAACCUGAGACCAAGUACCUGCCACCCGCUGAGCCAGAGAAGACUUAUCUGCCCGCUGCCAAGCCGCAGCCUAAGUACUUGCCACCCAAGAUUCCAGMAAGCYUACCACCACCACCACCGCCACCACAAGUYGCACCCAAGGCCACCUAUCUACCGCCAUCCGAGCCAAAGGAAACCUAUUUGCCUCCUGCCCCACCCAAGUCCAACUAYUUGCCACCCCCACAGCCGGAGUCGCAGUACCUGCCUCCUGCUCACUCUGAGUCCCACCUGGCUCAGCCAGAGCCCAACUUUCACAUUCCCAUACCCUCCUACGCCCUACCACUGAGCCAAUCCUCUGGUC